AUGAUUGAUGCAGAGGAUCAUGUUUGGGAUGCUUAUACAAAGGCACACCCUGAAGCUCCACCACUUAGAGUUAAAACGUUGCCAGACUAUUGGAAAUGGAGUGUUAUAUUUGCAGCAGAAAGUUCUGAUACAAGAUACGUCCAUUUAGCACAUAAUGAAGAUCACAGUAGUGAAUUACCAAUGUAUAUAACAGGUGAACAGAAGAAUGGCAUUUGUUCAAAUGUUUACGAUGCUGGUUCUACAAUAGAGUGGACAGAAUCAAUGGAAUGCUAUUUUGUUGACAUUAUGAUUGAGCAAGUUAAUAGAGGAAAUAGGAUUGAAAAUUUAUUCAAUGAGGAAGCUUGGAUGCACAUGGUCCAAGCAUUUAACGCUAGAUGGGGACUCCAAUCUGAUAAGCAGGUUCUAAUGGAUCAAUAUUUCUGCUUAAUGAAAAAACAUGAUGACAUCAGCAAUAUUCUGAGUCACAGUGAAUUUGCAUGGAAUGAAACCCUACAAACGAUAAAUGCUGAGGAUGAUGUAUGGGAUGCAUACAUCAAGGUUUGGUCCUCUCUCAUUUGA